ACACCUCGGACGGGCUGCUUGCAGAGGGACGGGCGCCGGCGAGACUGGCCUGAGUUUUGGUUUUUAUUUUGUUUUUCCGCUUUGUUGUUGUUGUGAUUGUUAUUCUCGCGGAGAAAGUUUGGCGAAGGAUUCUUCUCGACAUUUCUUCCUCGUUCUUUCGGAGCACCGACUGACUUUCUUCAGACACUCCACGCCCCGCGUGGACCUUCCACCGCCCCGCGUGGACCUUCCACCGCCUGGACGCACGGACUCUUCCCCAGCCGGGGGCGGGGGACAGCAACCUUCCGGCGCUUCUGGACCUGCAGCCCGGAGGGGGCACCUCGCGUCCCCCCCGCCGCCCAGAGGAGGACUGUCCGGCCACUCUGCUUGGCUCGUGGCUCCGGACCGAUCGGCGGACGGGCGCGGCCCCCGUGCAGCCCCCUGCGCCCCCGGACUCGCAGCGAGCUAGCCCCCCACCCGGCCAGAGCCUUGGCUUCCCGGCGACCUCAGCGUGGUCACAGGGGCCCCCCUGUGCCCAGGGAAAUGUUUCAAGCUUUCCCCGGAGACUACGACUCCGGCUCCCGCUGCAGCUCCUCGCCCUCCGCCGAGUCCCAGUACCUGUCUUCGGUGGACUCCUUCGGCAGCCCGUCCACCGCCGCCGCCUCCCAGGAGUGCGCCGGCCUCGGGGACAUGCCUGGUUCGUUCGUGCCCACGGUCACAGCCAUCACCACCAGCCAGGACCUCCAGUGGCUCGUCCAGCCCACCCUCAUCUCGUCCAUGGCCCAGUCUCAGGGCCAGCCCCUGGCCUCGCAGCCCCCAGCUGUCGACCCCUACGACCUGCCGGGCACCAGCUACUCCACGCCGGGUCUGAGUGGCUACAGCAGCGGUGGAACCAGUGGUGGCGGUGGCCCUUCAACCAGUGGGACCAGUGGUCCCGGGCCUACUCGGCCAACCCGAGCUCGGCCCAGGAGACCCCGAGAAGAGACGCUCACUCCCGAGGAAGAGGAGAAACGAAGGGUUCGCAGGGAGCGGAACAAGCUGGCGGCUGCCAAGUGCCGGAACCGUCGGAGGGAGCUGACUGACCGGCUGCAAGCGGAGACGGAUCAGCUGGAGGAAGAAAAGGCAGAACUGGAGUCAGAGAUCGCCGAGCUCCAAAAGGAGAAAGAGCGCCUGGAGUUUGUGCUGGUGGCCCACAAACCGGGCUGCAAGAUCCCCUUCGAUGAGGGGCCCGGGCCGGGCCCGCUGGCGGAGGUGAGAGACGGGCCGGGGCCAGCGCCCGCUAAGGAAGAUGGUUACAGCUGGCUGCUGCCGCCCCCGCCACCACCGCCCCUGCCCUUCGAGACCGGCCAGGACGCGCCCCCCAACCUGACGGCUUCUCUCUUUACACACAGUGAAGUUCACGUCCUCGGCGACCCCUUCCCCGUUGUUCCCCCUUCGUACACUUCCUCGUUUGUUCUCACCUGCCCGGAGGUCUCCGCGUUCGCCGGCGCCCAUCGCCCCAGCGGCAGCGACCAGCCUUGCGACCCCCUCGGCUCGCCCUCCCUGCUCGCUCUGUGAACUCUUUAGACACAAAGCAAACCCGCCAGGCAGAGGGACUUGGAAGAAGACAGAAAGAGUUGGGAGGGGAGAUGUGCUGGGGGCAUGGCCAGCUGGACCCUUGGCCGCAGUCGCCCACCCCGGAGGACCGCCCUAUUGACUGUGCUGCCUCUGAUGGCUGCACGUGCUUGCACACAGGACUUGACCUGAGAGCCGGUGACUCUGGGGACAGGGACUGGGGAGGGUGUGGAUGGUUGUGGGGUGCCUUGUGUGGCCCCCUACCGCUGGUUCCCACCCAUCGCUGUGGCUGC